AUGGAGUGGUCGCCUGAAGAUGAAUCGGCCCUGCCAUCCAACACUGGAGCUUCCGAAGUUGGAAGCAGGGGAGAGCAAGGCGCCCCCCGAUUCCGCAUCCCGGCUCGUGAACUGACCGCUGUCGAGAUACCUGCUGUCGUGGAAAACCUUGACAGAGCUGUCAGGGCAUUCGGCAGAGUCCCUACAUUGGCACACGUGCUCGAUCCUACGAGAACGUCGAUACCUAUCUAUCUACAUCCUGAAAGUCCCUUCUGUAAACCAUUGAUGUCACACAAUGCCGCGUCGCAUAACGUCGUCUUACAGGUUACCGUCCCCAGGAGAACGGGCCGGAGACGGAAAAGAGGCACUCAUGGUCCGUGGGAAGGGGACAUUGACGACGCAGACAUGUCUACGAGCAGCAAUGCAGGGCAAGUCCGUUCUGUGGCCCGGCUGGAUGAACCCAAGGUAUUGAGAAGAAAGCUUCAAGACAACGUGGGAAAGUAUCAAGUUGAUGCAGUCGGCGUCAUCAAGCUCACUCAUCGCUUUCGUGCGUUGGCAGACUUUUACUGGGACAUGAAACGGUCAGACUUUGCUCAGAGAUACGUCGAGCAGGUGCUGCCCGGCGACGUCGAAAAGCUGAGGCAGUUUGCUUUCGAGGGUGGCACAGAUCGCGCUCCCAACGUAGACGUCAUUCCUCCACCCAUCUUCACUCACAUGAGCUUACCUUUCAACUACUUCUACUCACAAAAUCCCUACGUUCGCACCACUGAAGACGGCGACACUUUCAAUCUCACUGCGGUCAAGCAGGUUGGGUACUUUAUCGGCGCCGAAGACCCGGCACCGGAUGGGCCGCAGCUUCCACCAGACAUGGCGGAUUCAAGAAUGCUCGAGGUCGUGGAGCAGUUGCAAGAUGCCUUCAAGAUACGGCCAAUGUGGACGCGAAGGUCGCUCAUGAACCACUUGCAGGGUAAACUCCAGAGCUGGAACGAGCUGAAGAAGUAUCUCAACUACGCGGCAUACCAGUUCAAAGGAGGCCCGUGGAGGGAUAGCGUAGUACCCUACGGCGUGGACCCGAGAACCGACCCCAGAUUCCGAAUCUACCAGACCCUCAUGUUCAAGCUGAAAAAGCACAGACGGACGAUCAAGGAUCAAACAUGGCAGUCAGUCCGCAAAAGUCAAAUGGGCGCCUCAAACACGAUGGCCGACAAGGCGUCCGACAGUCACAUCUUUGACGGACAAACUUAUUCCACCGAUGGAAAAGUGUGGCAAGUUUGCGACAUAAACGAUCCUUUGCUGAGAGAGUUGUUGGAUAAUGCUGCCGUACGUCCCGAGUGUGACGUCAACAACAGCGGGUGGUAUCAUGGAGGACUAUGGGCAAAAGUCAAGGCCAUAAUGAAGACCAAGCUGGUGGGAAUACAGUUUGGAAGGCAGCUUGGAAAAGAGGACUUUGCUUCCACCUUGGAGUGCGGCGAUAUGACGCCUGUCAGAACUGCUUCAAACACGCUUCAUCUGCCGCUGCCGGAUUUGAACCUGACCACUGAAGAGCUGACGAUGCUCCGCGGAAGGGAGCCCUCCAAGAAAAAGAGCAGAGGCUACAAUGUACGAUUCAGAGAUGCGGGGAACGGUGCAGCUGUUGCAGCAGAGCAAUCACCUGCCCCCUUUGGAGGCAGCAGCGUUGUCGGCGCGGACGGGGUGGAUUCUGAAAACGACGAUUCCGGAAGCGAGGGAGAGGAUGAAGAGGAGGAGGAGGAGGGGGGGGAGGAGGGAAUGGAAGCGGACAACAACGAGGCAUACGAGGAUGAUAAUCUGUUCGAUGAGCGAGGAGCAGAGUACGCGUACCGAAGCUAUGAGGAUGUGGCUGACAUGGAUGAUGGGACGGCAAUGAGUAUGGGCCACGUUGCGUAUCCUGAGCUAGAUUGA